AGACAGUGUCUCAGGUAUCUGAUUAUGCAACUUGCUUUGUAUAAUAUGAUGUGUAUGCAACCAAAGUAGCGGCGACGGUUUGAGUUCGAUUUUUGAAUGUUGAUUGAGCGUUGGUGUGAAUGGUCGAAUGUAGCUAGGAGACGGCGCGUCGCGGUUUCAAUCACGCGGAGAACCGUCGAUGUCAGAAAAAAGAAAAUGCAAAAUCCUUUGAUGAUAAACGCUGGCAUAAACACGGAGUCCCUGAUCACCGGCUACGGGGCCCGCGUAAGCCGACGCGCGUCCGCAAAGAGGUCGCCCCUCCGAGUAACGCCGCUUUCACUGUUGCAGCGCAGCAUCACGUCCAGCAGAUACGUGAAGCACAUCAAGAUCGACGACGACGAGGUCGUCUCGCAGAUUUACAACUGCGGCGAUCUCCUCGGCUCCGGCACCUUCGGCAAAGUCUACCAGGUGCGAGACAACAAGAACUCGCACGUAUGGGCCAUGAAGGUGGUCCACAAGCAAGCGCUCUCGUCCGGCCUGAUGAAAGCUUUCGAGCGCGAGGUGCAGAUCAUGAAGAUGGUCCAGCAUCCGCACAUCAUAUACCUGCACGAGAUCUACGAGACCAGCAAAAAGAUCUACCUGAUCACGGAGAAGUGCUACACGGAUUUGAUGAAGCUCUUCGUCGGCGGCAGGAAGUUUCCAGAGAGCGAGACCAGACGCAUCACGAACGACCUCAGCGGCGCCGUCGCAUAUCUACACAAAAUAAAUAUCGUUCAUAGAGACAUCAAGAUGGAUAAUGUUCUGGUAACGACGAAUCCGGACGACGAAAACGACAACAUGUUCAUCAAGCUCACCGAUUUCGGUUUGAGCAUCGUGAAGACCGGCCGCACGCACACGGACAUGCUGCACGACAGAUGCGGAACGUUCGUCUACAUGGCCCCGGAGGUGCUGCUCCAUCAAUCGUACAGUCAGCAGUGCGACGUAUGGGCGAUCGGCGUCAUCAUGUACGCCCUGCUGGCCGGACGGAUGCCCUUCGACCCGAACGACAACGAUGUGAUGAAGAGCAUCUGCCACGGAACGAUCAACAUCGACGCGCUGCACGCCUCGAACGCCUGCAAAGAUCUGCUGGACAAAAUCCUGGAGAAGAAUCCUGCCGUCCGGAUCACGGCCAUCGAGAUCCUCUCGCAUCCGUGGUUCAUCGGGGAAACGACGAUGCAGAAGACCACGUACUCGAACAACAUCAUCGAGAUGAUGCGUCAAUGCAACGACGAUCUGAAGGUGAAGCAGAACAAGAGCAAGCAGUUGGAUCAAUCGGAGAUCGUGGGCGUGAAGGCGGAUAUGAAGAAGAACAAGAAGGAGGUGAAUUGGAACCAUCGAAAAUCGGUACCCGUCACCGUGCAGAACAUCGAAUUCGAUAAGCAGCUGCAGGGUAAAAGGAAAACGGACAGCGGCAACAAACAGAGCGCCGCGUCGAAAGGUGGCGUUGGUGGAGCAGCAGCAGGUGGGGGGACGGGGACGAUCGGUGCGGUGCUGCAGCAGCAGCAGAAGGGUAACCAUGAAGGGACGACGGGAAAGACGGAGAAGAUGAACAACGGGCCGAAGCAGGUCGAACAGAGAGGAUGAAACGAAUCUCAACCAACCCAACCUUUCAUCCCUGCGACCCUUUUGUGUGAAAACCUGAUCACCCCUCCUCUCUCACACCAAACGUUGCCUAUACAACAUCCACCCCCCACUCAUUCUCUCUCUCUCUCUCUCUCGCGCGCACUCAUUUCUCAAACACGCAUAUAAUCUCCUUUCCCUACAUCCAUCCAGAAUACAUUCCCAUCGUAUAUUUAAUCUAUAUAGUAUGUGUGUGUGUGUGUGCGUUUGGCUGUAUGCGAGUUCUUGUGUGUCAGAGCGAAAACAAAGAGGAGAAAGAGGAUGAUGAGGACUGCGUGUGAUGUGUGUACGUGCGUGCGUGUGUCGGAUGGAAGCAGCGAGUUUAAUUUCAGAGGUCGUUGAUAUAUAUACAUGCACCUCCUCCUUCUCCUCCUCUUCCAUCUUUCUUCGGUCAAUGUUUCAACAUUUAUAUACGUACAAACAACACUCACACGCACACUCUUCCCCUCAUCGAAAUCUCCUCACGAAUGUAGGCAGCCCGAUGAUGAGGAGCGAGGCUUGAUUAGAGAGUUCCGAAAAGAAAAUCCAGACACCCAAGCAGCAGCAACAAAAAAAGGAAGAAAAAGUCCUUUUCUUAACGUAACAUUCUGUCUUCAAUGGAUUUUGUUCACUUCUUGUCCGUAUAUAAAGCCCCAAAAAAAAAAAGAGCCAACAAUAAACACCAACAGCUGAAAUCAAUAAAUCUCGUGAGGUCGAUUAUUUCAGUACCAAUUAUGAAUAUUUAUUUAACAUCCAACGAAAGUCCGCUUCUUAAAAACGUACUUUUGUGAAUUAUACUAUAAGAAAUGUGUUUAUUCAUUGAAAUAAUCAAGAAAACAAGUAAAUGUCAAGUUUUGUUUCUAAGCAACUAUCCAAAAACAAAGUAGGCAUUGUACAGGCAGGCAGGCAGGUACUUUACCUUAAUGUUUUUACCUCAAGUGAUUCUGCUUUGAAAUUCUUAUACGAGUUACAAAUAUGAAUUACCUUACGUUGCGUGUACUUGUAAAGUAAGCAAAUUGCAGAAAAAAAUAUGCAAAGGAAUUGAAAUGGAUUUGUGUGAACAAGAGACACAUCAAAGGAAAAUUCUGUUAAUCGACUUAAUCCAAGUAGACUUAAUUAAAGUUAGUUUUAUGAACAAUCUUAUCCACUCUUACAACAUACAUCAAAAUCGAAAUACAUUGUUUUACACCAGCGUUUUCCAAACUGCGAGGCGCGCGCGAAUAUUAGUCGCAGUGAGCGAUUUUCCAAAUAUCUGCUAAAGUUUUACGUCUUUUAUUUGGGGGAGGCGUAGUAACAUCAAGUUUGGAAACCACUGCUUUACACACAAACACGAACAAAAAAAGAGAAUCAAAAACGUAAUCCGUCUUUUGUUUUGAUCUGCGUGAUCAAUAAUUAAUAGUAAUAAUAAUCAAGUAGACCGUAUUGUUUUCAUUUGUAGUUUUUUUUUUCUUAUUUAUUCCUUUUCAAUAAUAAAACAUUCUGUUUUCAGUUUGUUUUUCGUAAAAAAUAUAGCGAAAGGAGCGAAAGUUGAAAAAAAAAAUAAAAAAUGAACUAUAAAUUGGUGGGGAAAAACAAAUCAAUACUAU